CGCCGCCGCUAUGCUCUCCGGAAUCCUCAUCUUCAACCAAAAGGGUGAGAACCUCAUAUUUCGCGCAUUCCGCAACGACUGCCGCCCGCGACUUGCCGACGUCUUCCGCAUCCAGGUCAUUUCCAAUGCCCAAGUCCGCUCGCCCAUCCUCACCCUGGGCUCCACCACCUUCAGCCAUGUCAAGCACGAGAAUAUCUACCUGGUCGCCGUCACCAAGAGCAAUGCCAAUGCCGCACUCGUCUUUGAGUUUUUGUACCGUCUGGUAGGCCUGGGAAAGGCAUACUUUGGCAAGUUUGACGAGGAGGCUGUCAAGAACAACUUUGUCCUGGUAUACGAGCUGCUGGACGAGAUCCUCGACUUUGGAUACCCCCAGAACACCGAGACAGAUACUCUGAAGAUGUACAUCACCACCGAGGGCGUCAAGUCGGAGAGGACAAUGGAGGACUCUUCCAAGAUUACCAUGCAAGCAACGGGUGCGCUUUCAUGGCGGCGAGCCGACAUCAAGUACCGCAAGAACGAAGCCUUUGUCGAUGUAAUAGAGGACGUCAACUUGCUCAUGUCUGCCACCGGUACAGUGCUCCGAGCCGACGUCAACGGGCAGAUCAUUAUGCGCGCAUAUCUCUCAGGCACCCCGGAGUGCAAAUUCGGCCUCAACGACCGAUUGACGCUGGGCGAGGACCAUCUACACCAACCUUCGGGCAACAAGGCAGGCGCAAAGGCGACGAGGGCAGCAGCCGGCAGUGUCACGUUGGAGGAUUGCCAAUUCCACCAGUGCGUCAAGCUCGGAAAGUUUGACGCGGACAGAAUAAUAUCCUUCAUACCGCCAGAUGGCGAGUUUGAGCUCAUGCGAUACCGAGCGACCGAGAACGUCAACCUGCCCUUCAAGGUCCAUGCCAUUGUCAAUGAGGUCGGCAAGACAAAGGUCGAAUACAGUAUUGCCAUCCGUGCCAACUACGGAUCCAAGCUGUUCGCAACCAACGUCGUCGUACGGAUACCCACACCUCUGAACACCGCUCGCAUCACCGAGCGAACCUCGCAGGGCAAGGCCAAGUACGAGCCAGAGCAUAACAACAUUGUCUGGAAGAUUCCGCGGUUCACGGGCCAGAGCGAGUUCGUCCUGAGCGCUGAGGCUAGCCUAACAAGCAUGACAAACCAAAAGGCGUGGUCGCGGCCGCCACUCAGUCUCAGCUUUUCAUUACUCAUGUUCACAAGCUCUGGGCUACUCGUCCGCUACCUCAAGGUGUUUGAAAAGAGCAACUACAGCAGUGUCAAGUGGGUGCGUUACAUGACCCGGGCAGGUAAUUAUGAAAUUAGGUUCUGAGCAUCGGGAACUUUCCGCAUUAUUCCUAUUCUUAUUCUUAUUCAUACAAUUCGUGUUGCAUUGUAGGCGUCGGGAGGGGGGCGGGACUUGCUAUCUAAGAUAUCCUUGAAUAUAAUCG